AUGGGCUCAAAACUGGCCAAAUUGGCGUCCGAGUCGGGAGUGCCCGGACUGUCACACGUGUACAGCACACGGGGUGUACGAAAGGGCGUUUGGGCGCUGGUAUUCAUACUGUUUGUGAGCCUAACGAUCCGGGAUUUGAUCGAUAUGUUGAAAGAUUACACACAAUUCCCGGUGUCUGUGAGCGUACGGGUGACCGACUCGCGAGUGUUGCCGUUUCCCGCUGUGACCGUAUGUAAUCUGAAUGCUGUACACAGGGGUCGGUUCUGUACGAACAAGAAGGUGGACAAACCGGACAAUGUGGCCAAAAUCCUGUGCGCCAACCUUGGUGAUCUACUCGACUCCUGUGAAAUAUCAAAGAUGCUGGAAGAGUUACUAAAUAAGGGUCGCCUGUAUUGCGGCGGUUCGGGAGCUAAAGCUAAAGAGUCGGUUAAAGUGAAGGAUAAGCCGCGGGCGGGGACACCGCGACGGCAGCCAACGCUCGGCCGGAAUCUAAGCUCUGGUUUUGGGCGACGGAUCGGUAAACGACAGAUAAGUUUGUCAGAAGUGGUGAAAACAGUGCGAGACGUCGGCACGUUUGUGAGGGGCGACGGCACUAAAGGGUCGGGAAUCGGCGGUCUUAUUAACGGCAUUCAGGACACCGUUAAGUCUUUCUCAGAGGGCGGCGGACCCAUGGAUGGGGUCAUCACUCAAAUCGCAAAUAUUGUUGGCUUUAAUAUCAGUUCCAGCGCUGAUAUCGUGCCCUCACUAUUCAUGAAGGCCUUCACGGAAGUGACGGGCUGUCGUCUCGGGUCGGGUAACGCCAAGAACGCUAUGCCUGAGAAACUGCGGACAACGCUUUCAAAUCUGACCGCAACUUUUACUAGCGGUGGCUGUCUAUUGAAAGCGCCGAAACUGAUUGGACUCUUCCAAGAGAUGUCCCAAAAGAUGGCAAACACUGUAGCCAAGUGCACGUCUCCGUGGGUGGACUCACUCAAGGGUAGUGUCAAUAAGGGUGAGACGCCGUGGUUUAUACUGUUGGACAUGUUGUCCUCCUGGUUGGCAGAGUUGGCUAAGAAUGACCCGAUGGAGGCCAAAGCCAUAGGACACCAGAGCUCGCAUCUGAUCCAACAGUGCUAUUUCGCCGGACGUCACUGUUAUGCCACUCAAGACUUUUCAAACUUUUUCUAUAACUCUUACGGCAAUUGUUUUACUUAUAAUUUGCACUUAAAUACUAAUAAAACGAUUAACAAAACUACUGGUGCCCUAUCAGGCUUCACUGGACCCAAGUUUGGACUGGAAUUAACGUUGAAUUUAGAGACCGAUCAGUAUAUGCCGACCAGUCGUGAGGCGGGCGCUAAAGUAAUAGUUCACGACUCGGCCACUCGAGCUGAUCCCGAUCAGGACGCGGUGCACGUUCCGCCCGGUUUGGUCACAUAUGUCGGCGUACGGCUCGUGAACAUCACACGACUGCCCGCUCCCUAUCCGGACAAAUGCUCGGACGACUGGCAGGACCGGCAGUUGGAGCUCUGGGCCCAACAUCUCAGUUACGACACGUACUCCACGCAGAUAUGUCUGAAACUGUGUCUCCAGAGGUUCACAAUCAAACACUGCCAGUGCUGGGCCUCGUCAUCGCCUCCGCCCCACACAGACGUCCUUCAGUGCAAUACAAGGAAUAAUAAAUCUCAAGAGGAAUGCACGGAACAGAUCCGUCUGAUGUACUACAACCAGACCAUCGACUGUCAGUGUCCGCCGCGCUGUGAGGAAAGGACUUUCGAGAAGUUUGUGUCAACCGGCAAAGAGUUGCCGCAGUGUUCGGCCCUCUCCUCCCCCGGCAAAGAGGCCUCAGGCGAAGAGAAGUUAUUGACGGCACUGUUGGGUGCAAUCGGAGGUAUUUUGGGUGUAUAUCUGGGCUUUUCAUUCAUCGCUAUAUUCGAGUUAAUAGAAGUGAUCAGUCGUUAUGUCAUGUGUUCAUCGAAUUCACCGAAAAAGAAGGACAAGAAAUCUAACCAUAAAAAGACUGACAAUAAUAAGAGUAAUCAUAAAUCCAAUCAUAAAACCAAUGCUAAGACUAAAGACAAUAGCAUUUGGUCGACGCCAACAACAAAGAAGGCGUUUGAAUAA